AGUUGAGUCAAUGCGUUGAGACUUGCGUAUAAAUUGCAUCGGCGUCUAAUUGGCUGAGCGUUUCAGGUUGUUCUCGACUUUCCAGCAGGUAGUGCUUGAGUUGUGUCACCUGACUCUUAUUUCAGUAAUAAGAAACCAUGGCAGCAACUAAAGAUGCUGGUUCUCUGGAGAAGUCUGAGGACACUGUGGACGCCUGCAAACUACCCAAUUUUUUGAAAUAUACUUCAAAAAGGACGAAUCCAUCGGAUGGCAGUAAUAAAGCUGAGGAAACAGACUCUGUUCCCAUCAGCAAAGCGUCAGCCCACAACCCAUAUCAGUACAGGAUGGACUACCCAAACAUGGGAAUCUGCCUGAUUAUCAACAAUAAGAACUUCUACAAAAGCACAAGGAGGAGCACUCGUGACGGGACCGACGUCGACGCCGCUUUUGCCGAGAAGACUUUUGAGGAACUGGGUUACACCAUUAAAGUGGCCACUGAUCAGACUGCAAAGCAGAUGAUGAGUCUCAUGUUAAGAGUAUCCCAAGAGGACCACAGCUGCAAUGCAUCGUUUGUGUGUGUCUUGCUAAGUCAUGGUGACGAGGGUGUGAUUUCUGGAACUGAUCGAGAUGUAAUGCUUGAAAAUUUGGCAGAACCUUUCAAAGGACAUCGUUGCAAGACUCUGGUGGGAAAACCAAAGCUCUUCUUUAUACAGGCAUGCCGUGGCAAGAAAACGGAUUCGGGGACGGGCCUCCAAGCCGACAGUGUUGAGGAGCAAAGAUCGGGGAAGAUUCCUGUGGAGGCUGACUUCUUGUAUGCCUAUUCCACAGCUCCAGGCUAUUUCGCUUGGAGGAACCAGCAAAACGGUUCCUGGUUCAUGCAGGCAUUGUGCGAGAUGUUGCAGCGAUUCAAAGGCGAGUUGGAACUGAUGCACAUCAUGACUCGGGUCAACUACAAGGUGGCAACGCACUUCGAAUCCAACUCCGAUCAUCUGGGCUUCACUGGCAAGAAGCAGAUUCCCUGCAUUGUCUCCAUGUUAACCAAAGACGUUUACUUCCCUAAAUAAACCGAUCGUGACAGUGUAGCACAAUCAACGUGCUUCUACAUUUUAAACUAUUCGGUUGUAGUAAUGUUUUUACUUACAUUUCCAUUUUACUUGCUUUUUGGUGUUUUGAACAUUUCACAACACCGUUUUAAAGAUUUAGGAGUACUGACAGUACAUUAAGUCAUGGGGGUGGGGACAAUGUCUAAUUUGUUAAAAAAUAUAAAAUUAAACACUUUUUUAACUUCUGGGUGUAUCUAAGAAGAGACUUUGCCGUUUGCACACUAAAGUGUUGCAUUGUUAACGAACACCAUUGUGGUGUUAGGUGUUUGUACUGCUGUUUUAUUCUGAAGGGCCAAACAGGAAGUUGGGGAUGGGGGUGUUCUAGGGAUCGGGAAUGGCUGUGAGUUGAGAAGAAUAUGAGACGCAAAUAAAGACCGUCUAGUUGCUCUACAAAGUGUUGUUUGAAUCCUUACGCCCGCAACGCGACAUGGUGUCAGAAGUGGAUCAACUGUAAGAACUUACUCGCCGGGGAUUGAGAGUAGGUCGUGCUGGAAGAAAAAGUAGCCCUCGCCACACACAGAAAGAUGUCGGAGGAUAACGCAGGAGUUAACGUGGGGACUCCACCGCACCAGCAACAGGCUAAUCCGCCCCCGAAUGCCACAUUCACCAUUCAGCCUCCUGAAGCAUUUGAUUUUUCAAGGCCAUAGCAAUGGGAGAAGUGGAUACGGAGGUUUGAAAGAUUCCGACUUGCUAGCAACCUGCACCUUAGUUCGGAAGCUAAUCAAGUGAACACGCUCAUCUACUGCAUGGGGGAUGAAGCAGACGACAUACUUCGAGGUCAAGCUUUAUCGGACGCGCAGAGGCAUCAGUACCAAGCAGUAAGAGACACUUUAGACAUAUAUUUUGUGCCCAGAAAAAACAUAAUUUACGAGAGGUCUAGAUUUAACCAAAGAGUACAGCAAGUUACUGAGACUGUAGACUCAUUUGUCACUGCCCUGUACGCGUUGGCCGAAAACUGUAACUACGGAGCCUUGCACGAUGAGUUAAUAAGAGAUCGUCUCGUCGUGGGACUGAGAGACACCAGUUUAGCUGAGAGACUCCAAAUGGACAAAGAUUUGACGCUGGAAAAAGCCGUGAACCAAGCUCGGCAGUCAGAAGUCAUUAAAAGGCAGCAAACCGAUAUAAGAGGGGGAAGGAAAGCGGACCUAGAUGCAGUGUCAGUGAAAUACAAGAGAGAAAAGCAUUCUACACAAAAUGGCUAAAUCACCAAAUGAGGGUCAGUGCUACAGAUGUGGUAGAAGCCCAGCACAUGGCAAAGGACAGUGCCCAGCGAAAGAUGUAACCUGUCAUACAUGCAGUAAAAGAGGACAUUACAGUAAAGUAUGCAAAUCUGUUAAAAAUAUACAUAUGAUUGAAACAGAGAAAUGUAAUGAGACACCUAUAUUCCUUGGUUCAGUACAUGCAGGUUCAGAUCCUUGGUAUGCAGACAUAACCAUCAGAAACCACAAAGUCAGAUUUAAAAUAGACACUGGAGCUGAUGUUUCUGUUAUCCCAGCCCAGAUGUACUUUUGUAUAAACCAAAAUGAAACAGAGCUUUGUAAACCAGAUAGACCGUUGAUUGGACCAGGUGGCACUCCACUCAAUGUUUUAGGUAUGUGCAAAGAAACACUGUGUAAAGGUGAACAAAAGAUUCAGGAAAAUGUGUAUGUUAUCAGAGACUUACACAUGGCACUGUUAAGUAGGCCAGCAAGUGUCAAACUAAACCUUGUGUCUAGAGCAGAUAGCAUAGACAUUAAAAUGUUGAGUGAGAACUACCCUAAGUUAUGUCAAGGGUUGGGUUUAAUGCAGCAACCUUAUACUAUAAAGUUGAAACCUGAUGCUGUGCCUUUUUCCCUUUCCACACCAAGACGCGUUCCCAUUCCUUUGUUGGGAAAAGUUAAAGAGGAACUGGAAAGAAUGGAGUCAAUAGGGGUGAUCAGCAGAGUUGAAGAGCCAACUGAAUGGUGCUCAGGUAUGGUCCCAGUGCCUACUAAGAGUGACUCAGUGCGCAUAUGUGUCGAUCUCACCCACCUCAACAAAGCAGUGUGCAGAGAAAAGUACAUCCUGCCUUCAAUUGAACAGACACUUGGAUCCCUGACUGGAGCAAAAGUCUUCAGCAAGCUAGAUGCAAACAGAGGCUUCUGGCAGGUUCCAUUGGCACCAGAGUCAGCACACUACACAACAUUCAUUACCCCAUUCGGACGCUUCCAUUUUAACAGACUUCCGUUUGGAAUUGCCUCAGCCCCGGAGCAUUUUCAGCGGAGAUUGUCAAUGAUUCUCAAUGGGCUGCCUGGCGUGGUUUGUCACAUGGAUGACAUCCUCAUCUGGGGGAAGGACCAACCGGAACACAACGCCAGACUUCACACAGUGCUAAACAAACUUCAAGCGGCCGGUGUCACGCUAAACAUGGACAAGUGUGAACUGAGCAUGCAACAGGUGAAGUUCCUGGGACACAUUUUGUGCGCUGAGGGGGUCAGACCAGACCCGGACAAAAUAAGAGCUGUGAAAGCAAUGAAGGAGCCGUCAAAUGUCAGUGAAGUGCGCAGCUUUCUUGGAAUGGUUAACCAGUUGGGAAAAUUUAUCUCUGGUCUGGCUGAAAAAGACAAGCCCCUGAGAGACCUGCUGUCAAAGAAAAACCAGUGGGUUUGGAGCUAUGCGCAGCAGAACGCUUUUGAUCAGUUGAAAAACGAGCUGGCAUCCACUCCCGUUCUCACACUCUAUGACCCGAACAAAGACUUGAAAUUGUCAGCAGAUGCCUCAUCUUAUGGACUUGGAGCAGUCCUAUUCCAAAAGGAGAGUGAGGAGUGGAGACCAGUAGCAUAUGCUUCACGUUCCUUAACAGAGACGGAGCAGAGAUAUGCACAGGUGGAAAAAGAAGCGCUUGGAUUAACGUGGGGAUGCGAAAGAUUCAGAGACUUUCUCAUCGGGAGACAUUUUUCCCUAGAGACUGACCACAAGCCACUUGUCAGCCUGUUGGGACAACAAGCACUAACAAACUUCCACCCAGGAUUCAACGGUUCAGACUACGGCUCAUGAGGUACAGUUACUCUAUCUCACACACCCCAGGAAAAGUACUUCUCACUGCGGAUACACUGUCACGCGCACCUGUCAAUCAAGAGACAGACUCUAAAGCUACGGAGGAACUACUAAAUGAUACAAACAUCUAUGUGAACGAAAUAGUCAAAAACCUACCUGCUAGCUCGACAUAUAUCACACAAUUAAAAGAAGAGCAAAAAAAAUGACAGUGUAUGUUCGGAACUCAUGUCAUUUUGCCAGAGAGGCUGGCCAGACUACAGCCGUCUCAUAGGUCCAAUCAAAGGAUAUUGGCCACACAGAGACACAUUAACAGUCCAUGACGAACUGUUACUGAAAGGCACCAGACUUGUUAUUCCUACCACUAUGCGCAACAAAGUCCUUGUAGCUCUUCAUGAGGGACAUCAGGGCAUGUCAAGGUGCAGACAGAGAGCGAAAGAGGCAGUGUGGUGGCCUGGUUUGAGUAGCCAAAUAAAUGAGCUUGUGAAAAACUGCACCACAUGCAUUAAAGAACGUGUCAAUCCAGUGGAGCCUUUUAUGCCCAGCGAGCUUCCAGAGAGACCAUGGCAAAAAGUAGGUGCAGAUCUUUUUACACUCAACAACAGCAACUACGUACUUCUGGUGGACUACUAUUCCAGAUUCGUGGAGAUAGCUAAACUGACACCCACUAGAUCAGAGGACGUUAUAGUACACCUAAAGUCAAUUUUUUCCAGACAUGGUAUUCCGGAAUUCUUCUACAGUGACAACGGACCUCAGUUCUCUAGCCAACAGUUCAAAGAUUUUGCUGCAGCCUACGGUUUCAGACAUGUAACCAGCAGUCCAAGGUUUGCACAAAGCAAUGGUGAAGCUGAGCGUCAUGUCCAAACUGUAAAGGGACUACUCAAGAAGGCAAAAGACCCGUAUCUUGCACUUUUAGCUUACAGAGCGACCCCUUUGGCUAAUGGAUAUAGCCCAGCUCAACUUCUAAUGGGAAGAAGACUUCACACUCCAGUGCCCCAGCUCCCUUCGUUACUUGUUCCCAGACUACCGAACAAGGGCUUUGUGGCGUCAAGGGAAGGGGAGAUGAAGUUAAAGUACAGUGAGGGGUACAACAGGAGACAUCGUGUGAGAGAUCUUCCUCAACUGUCACCAGGACAACCUGUAUGGAUCACGGACACUAAGAGUGAAGGGACUGUCAUUUCUUCUCACUCAGCACCCCGCUCUUACCUGGUUGAAAGUCCUUCCGGAGCCAUCAGGAGGAAUAGACAUCAUCUACUGCCAAUGCCGGAAUCUACACCAAAGAUGGCAAUCCCAAGUACUCCUAUCAGUCCAACAGAGGAUACCUUACCAACACCAAACAUAAGUGAGUCCCCUGUCCAAACUCCAAAGGCAACAAGUCCUGUCAGAACAAGGUUUGGCCGUGUUGUCACAAGGCCACAAAAACUGGAUUUAUAAGCAUGUAUGUAAGAAAACAAAAAGGAAAUGUUUAAGAGUGGUGUGAUAAGAAGAGAAAAGUUUUUCCUUCAUGCAGAAUUAGUACGUCUUCAUGUUUGCAAAGAAAGGGGGAUGUGGUGUUAGGUGUUUGUACUGCUGUUUUAUUCUGAAGGGCCAAACAGGAAGUUGGGGAUGGGGGUGUUCUAGGGAUGGGGAAUGGCUGCGAGUUGAGAAGAAUAUGAGACGCAAAUAAAGACCGUCUAGUUGCUCUACAAAGUGUUGUUUGAAUCCUUACGCCCGAAACGCGACAACCAUAACGUAUUCUUUAAUUUCAUUUGUUUAGAUUGGGAAACCUGCCAGUUGAAAAUUUGAUUUCCCAGACAAAUUGGGCGGCAUGUACUCCAAAAAUAAAAACAUGGAAAAAUAA